AUGGACAAAUGGGAUGCAAGGUCUGAAGGCAUUCGACAUCUCCCAGGCCUCAACCAGCAUGGCAGGCCCGGAGCACUCAACAGAUACCUAAGCACAGCAAGACAUGUAGAGCCAACCAUCUAUGCCCUCUCAACCGCCCCCGGACGCGCCGCCAUCGCCAUCAUCCGGAUCUCAGGCGAAGUAUGUCUAAGCAUCUACCAGGCCCUAUGCCCCCGCAAGGAGGCACCGAAACCUCGUUAUGCAACGCUGAGGAGCCUGUAUGAGCCUGACCGGCCGCCUACACCGGACAAUGUGCUGGACUCCAAUGCGCUAAUAUUGUAUUUUCCGGCCCCACGGACGGUGACGGGGGAGGAUGUGCUGGAGCUGCAUGUUCAUGGUGGACCUGCGGUUGUUAAGGCUGUGCUGGCUGCGAUCUCUCGAUGUUCAGGUUCAGGAACUGUUCGCUAUGCUGAGCCCGGAGAGUUCACCAGGCGGGCGUUCAUGAACGAUCGGCUGGACUUGACGCGAGUUGAAGCAUUGGGUGAUACGCUAUCAGCUACAACCGAGCAGCAACGACGACUAUCGGUUCGAGGGACCACGAAUAAUCUUGCGAAACGCUACGAGCAAUGGCGGCAGCAACUUCUGUACGCCAGAGGAGAGCUGGAAGCUCUGAUCGACUUUAGUGAGGACCAGCAUUUCGACGAAAGCCCCAAUGAGCUCUGUGCUUCAGUAGCUGCCCAAGUCGAAGUUCUGCGAAGGCUCAUCCAAGCUCACAGUAGAAACGCUGUCCGGGGAGAAAUGCUCCGCAACGGCAUUGCCAUCGCCCUCCUCGGAGCGCCCAAUGCCGGGAAAAGCUCCCUGCUCAACUGCAUCGUAGGCCGCCAGGCUGCUAUCGUCAGUCAAGAAGCCGGGACGACACGAGACGUGGUUGAAGUAGGCAUUGAUCUUGGGGGCUACUUCUGUCGUCUAGGUGAUACUGCAGGUUUGCGUAAAGCCAGACAUGAAGCAACGCAGUCUGCGCAGAUGCAGGAGGUCAUUGGGCAGAUCGAACAAGAAGGCAUGCGCCGCGCCAAAGAACGAGCGGCUGAGAGCGAUGUUGUCAUCGUCGUGCUCAGCUUCGAGUACGUCGAUGGAACGUACCAGCUGUCCCUGGACCAAGAAGUGAUAUCCUCCGCCGCGCAGCUCGUGCAGGAAAAGGACAACGUCAUAGUCGUCAUCAACAAACAAGACACCGCACCCCAACCCUCAGCACGAGAAGCCGCAGUGCAAACAGUAAUGCAGGCCCUCCCAGGCAUCAGCGCCGACCGCAUCCACCUCAUUUCUUGCAAAGAAGCUGCCGAAGGCACCCCUGCCCCCAGCCCUACAGCCUCACACGCAGGCAACAUGCAGACCUUCCUGAACGGCCUAACCAGCCACUUCCACGACAUGACCGCAGCCAUAACCCCCGACGGCACAAACGACGCAGACCCCUCGAUCUGGCAAGACUCCCUCGGCGCCAGCGAGCGUCAUCGCCUCCUCCUCGAUCAGUGCUCUGGGUGGCUGGAUGCGUUCAUCGCUGAGGUGCAGCAACCUGAAGAUGCAUCAGCAGGGAACGGACAGAAUAGCGGGGAAGCGGACAUUGUCGUAGCCGCCGAACACUUACGGGCAGCUGCAGAUUGUCUGGCGAAAAUCACCGGAAAAGGCGAGGCGGGGGAUGUGGAGGAGGUGUUGGGGGUGGUGUUUGAGAAGUUCUGUGUUGGGAAGUGA